AUGUUGUUAUGCUCAUCGAUAGGGUCGAUCAGCUUGUUUGGCCUUUUAUCUGGCUUUACUUUGGCCGUUUCUUUGUUUACUUUCUUUGGAUUUGACGGUAUUUACAACACUGUUUUUGAUGAGGUAAGGUAUACAUGAUUAUAACUCUUUUUUAAAUUUAAAGUCUUUAUAAAAAUAUUUAAAUUUUUUAGCAAAACGUGCUGAAAGAAGAGAAUGACGGUCAAUUGACAAAGACGACUUUUUGGUGGACAAAACCGCCUGUCAAAACUUAUCAAGACUUUUAUUUUUUCAAUAUUAUGAAUCCAAUUGACGUGGAAUACUUUGGAGCGACUCCAGUCGUCCAAGAAGUUGGGCCUUUUGUUGUUAAGUAAGGUUUUAUUGUCAUCUUGAAAUGUUAAGGCUCUUAAUUACGCAUUUUAUAAUGGUCAUUCCGCUAGGCAUGAUCAUAUCACCGUUUUGAAAAUGUCUUUCUUAAGUUUAUAUAUAAUAAAUUGACGUCAAGGCUUUUUGAAAUGUACAAUUUUAAACUUAUGUCCUAUAUGCACCGUAUUUUACCAUUUUUUAGAAUUUGUAUCUUUAAAACAUUACUAAUUUUUCAAUUCUGUUAUAUAAUUUGCGUAUUUUACCUUUUUUUCCUAAAGCCUAUACCUUUUUGUGAUCUCAAAGUUGUUGUUUAAACUUAUAAAUUCCUUUCUGUAAUAAAAACCAAAAAAGAAACGAUGAUAACACGUUUUUAGGUGAUUAUUUAUACUAAAAGUAUUUGAUUAAGAUUAUACUAUAUUCAAAAAGGGAAUAAAAUGUUAGGUGCCGACAUAAAGAGCCCGCCAUACUUUGCCUGUAAUUUCCUGUAAAAAAUGGCGGGGUCUUUAUGUCGGCACCUAAUAAAAAAAUAAUUUAGGAACGUGAAUAUCAAAGACAACUUGACCUUUUCUGAAGAUGGAAACAAAGUUAAAUACCACAAUUACCGCACAUUCAUCUAUGACGAGGAGCUAAGUUGUGACACUUGCAAAUAUGACAGUCUGGUUCAGGUUCCCAAUCUGGUGGCUUUGGUAGGGAGCUUUUUGGGUUCGGGCAGGGGAGGGGAGAGAGGGGUGGAUUUUUGGGUUUGGCAAGGGCAGAGAAGUGGAAGUGAUAAUAAAAAGUGUUUUUGUAGGAGGUGGGGAGAGGGUAGUUUGUCAAGGCAAUUAUUUUUGAGGGGGGGGGUUUAAAAAUGCUCUAAAUUUUAAUUUAAAAAAAAUUGUAUUACAUUGUUCAAAAAUUCUGUGUUUCCUCUCAAAGUACAUUUUUCAGAGUUAGGGGCACAUAAUUAUUUGAACAACCUAAUAUGGCUAUUGAUCCAGUACCAACAGCUCUAUUGUUAAUAUUUCAGGGUACUUUAGGAGAGUUAGCCGAUCCUCGAUACGAAGUGCCAGAACAUAUUCAAUGGGCUAUUUCUUACCUCAUGAUAUUUGUUGGAGAAUAUCCUUUUGUGUAGGUGUUAUUUUUGUUUCCUUUAUAUAAUCUAAAUUUAAAAAAUUUUUUGAAUUUUUAUAUUAUGUAACAUAGGCUCUUGUUUUGAGCAACAAACGAAGGAUAGCCUUACUAAUCCUACUAUUAUAUUAAGAGGAGGCUCAUAAUUAUGUGAAAGACCUACUACAGUAUUCGAUUUCUCUAAUAUUUGAUUUGAAUUUAAAACCCUAAAUUUUAGUCAAGUUGAAGUAGGAAAACUCCUGUUCGACGGCUACAACGACGCCCUUCUAAGUGCGGCACAUUCAGAAUUGGUCAACUUUCUUCAAAAGUACGUGAAUAACAAAACAGUACCAGUACCAUUCCCCGAAAUGCACUACAUGGCCAUGUUUAAUGCCUACAACAACAGUCAUGACAGUGAGUACGAGGUGUACACGGGAAAGGAUGAUCCUGCCAAAAAAGGACAGAUCAUUAGCUGGAAUGGGCAGAAUUAUUUGCCGUUCAGCUGGUGGAACAACGAGACUACGGCUAGCGAUUUAAGGGGAACAGGUAGGGGAUUCUGAAGAUAAUUUUAAGUUUGAACAUUUAAUUUAAAAACUUAUUUUAAAAUAACAUUUAAAUUAGACCUUAUCAUCAUCGUAUUUUACUUAUUAGUGCAGGCAAAACAAGACAAUACUGUUGCUUUUAGACAGUGGUCAAUUUGCCCCUGCUCAUCUAACUCCUGACACGAUUGCUUCAAUGUUUCAAAGUUAUAUGUGUCGGUAUGUGUUUAACAUUUUUUUAAUUCUAACAAUAAAAGUACCUAACCUGUCCUGCUCAGAAUUCGCUUAAAAUUUUUAUAUGAAUUUUUAGCUGACAUCUGGAUUUUAAAAUUAAAAUAUUUGAGUUUUCCACCAAUUUGGCAAAUUUGGCAUUGUGUUUCAAGCACUUUUUUCGACUUUCCAGCCAAGCUACAAGUACAAAUUUAAAAAUGUAGCUCUAUUUAAAGGUUUUCUACUAGUAUAUCAAAGAAAAAUGAUUAAAAGUCAAAAAAUGAAAAAGUUAUAAGCUUGAGACACAAUGCCAACUUGGCGGGAAAUUUAAAAUGUAAUCUUUUAAUUUCGAUUUUCUCGAGAUUGACUGAAAAGCGUGAAUUAGUACGUCGCAGAAGAAAUUAUAUUUACAUGAUAUUUCUAUUAGGUUGUUCACUUAAUUCUGCGCCCCUUCUCUAAGCAGAUUUGUGGGGUACGGGGCGCAGAAUUAUGUGAACAACCUAAUAUAUAAAAAGUUUGAUGUCAGUCAGAGCGGGGCAGGUAGAUCAUUUUCCUUGUGAAUUACAAAAUAUGGUAAAAUACAGUGCAUGGUAUAAGUUUUAAAAUUCAUACUCUUCAAAGAAGUCUUGACUUCAAUUUAAAUCAAUUUUUAAAUUCAGUUAAAGAAAACUUUAUAGUUAUUUUUCAAAAUUAAAAAAUUAAAGUGAUAUUUCAGACAAUAAUUUCAGAUCCUUCAACCUGACCUACAAAAAAGACACAUCGGUUCAUGGUAUCAAAACCUAUCGAUUCGAAGGUAUUCCAGAAGACUUUGACACAACUUUGCCAGAGAACGCCGGGUUUCGAUAUGCAAAUUCAGAAGAAAUAAAUUAUUUUGAAAAUUGGCCAAACUGCGAUGGCUACGAACAAAACGAGAAUAUCACUGUCAAUUGUACACGGCCAGAGUUCUUUUGCGAUGAAAGGUGUAACGGCAGCAAAGUGGACAAUACUUAUCUAUUGCCUCCGGGCAUGUAUCCUGUCAAUUGCUAUCCAGGUAAGGAAUAAAGGAUUGUUGGCUGUAAAGAAAUUUUUUGGCAUUUUUUGGUUUCUAAAGAAAGUUAUUGCCAUUUUUAUGAAGAACGUUUUAGGCAGGCCACUAGAAACCCCGUUUCGUUUGUUGUUCAGUGCUCCACACUUUGCUGGUUCACCGAAACAAGUUCGAGAGUCCAUCAUUGGCUACAGGGAAAUGAACGAUGCUGGAACUGUGUUUUCUUUCGAUUAUGAACCUGUAAGUCAUUCUUCCUAAUUUUUGUUACUUUUAUAAUAUUUUUUUACAAUUAUAAACAUUAGAGAAAAAUUUUGAAAAGGGCCUAUUGGCGUAUUUUAAAAUAACCCUUUUACAAAGAUCACUUUUGCACAAUAGUAUAAACGGGAUUAAGAAGCCUUACAAAUGAAAGGCAGACUUAACAAGCCCUGAGACCGUCUCCCAUGUGGUCUAGUGGUUAGGAUUCGUGGUUUCAACCACGCGGCCCGGGUUAGUAAACCUGGUGAAGAAGUAUAAAUAUAUUUUUCAGAAAUCCGGAGUACCAUUAGCCCUGAACCUCCGUUUCCAAUUGUCGAUUCCGUUUGGCCGGAUGGAUAAGUUCGCUACGGUAAAACAGUUUCCAAACAAAUUAUUUCCAGUUUUCUGGACUGACAACCACAAUCAUUUGGAGCAAUAUGCAAUAG